AACAUCAGAGAGCCGCUGGGCGGGUCCACCUUGACAAACGACUUGCUGGAGCCGCCGCGGACACGGUCAUCAAUGGCCGUGAAGUCCGAGGCGUUCCAGAUCUUGCGAGGCGAGAGGCUCGCAGGCCCAAAGAGGACAAGAGGCGUGCCAGCAACGCGCGCCAUGGUUCUGGUGUGGCGUGUGGUGAAAGGCGUCUAAGCGACGGAGGCGGCGGCGGCCGCCAAAAAUGAAAGUGGAGACGGGGGGCUAAUAAAGCUCACAUGACGUUUUUCUUCCUCUGAAUCCUUUCUUCAGGACGGGGGAGCUAGCUACUGUUGGCCGAGGCCAAAGGACCGCGAUGAACUGGAUCGCUGCUUUUGAUCCUGGAAGCGUCGCAUAUGAGGGGCAAGCCAGCACAAGUGCUCCUACAGCGGGCACGGUCGAGCCGUCGCCUCCUCGCAUCUCAGCACAGGCUCCGGAGAAGCAGAACGCUGGUCCCUCGCGGCCAAGAGAUGCCCCUGGCCGUGUCCCCCCGCCGAAGGAGCAGAGCAAGGCAUUCAAUCGACCUCCUACCGUCAGCUCGGCUCCGAGCAGGUCCGAGGACACGCAGCCAAACGAGCAGAGCACUAGCAAGACCUCCAAUGCGCCCCCGCUGAUUGCCUCAACAAAAGUCAAGAAGCCAAAGACGAGCAGCAAGACAGUCCCCUGUGAAGCAAAGCCAAGUGUGACAACCAACGGCGAGGUCAAGUUGUCGAAAAGCCAGCGAAAGAAAGCAAGGAGGAAGCAAAGGAUGGCAGAGGAGGAGCUAGAGCGCGAUUCUCGAAUGGACGCCUUUUUUGCCGCCCAGCAGCAACGAAGCGAGGGAGCACCGUCUGCCAUACGAGACCUUUCAAAGUCGGCUAUCCUCACAGAGCAAGCGCACAACGUGGACGACAAAAGCCAAGUUGGCAAGCAUUAAGUCGCAAGAUGUAGAGAGAACGAUGCGAACGGCAAUGGGUCGACUCAAUGUACACUACACACCCUCAUCAUCAAUAUCUGAUCCGAUACGUUGUGGAACUGUCGCAAUGACAGUGAAACGGGGUUGUAUACAAUGCAGUGCCUCUGCCAUACAAAUACAGGUU